AUGACGACGCCUCUAACUCAUCCGGCUUAUUCGACCACCUAUCGCGAUAGAACUUUUGCUAUUGCGAAGUCUAGGAGCGCCAAUGACAGGGCCGUCAUUGAAAAUCCCCUGUCCCACCUCACGGACGCCGAGUUGGAGUUGGAUGUCCGGUACUUUUCAGAGACUUUCCUUCCUUCGGUCAAGUACCAAGAGUUGCUGCGGGCUGCCAGGGUCGGAAAGGACAUUCGAAUGUACGAUGAGGCAGCUCGGCAACCCGCGGGCUACGACGAACGGAAUAGGCUCUCGGUGAUCCUGACAGAGGAAGAGAAGGCGGCCCUCAGAAAUGAAAAGGACGUCGCCUUUAGCGAGAAAGGAAUGUUCGCCGUCAUCGCCACGGUUUCACUGGCAGCCUUUCUACAAGGUUUUGUACAAUCCUCUGUCAACGGUGCUUCAUUGUACAUCGGUGAGUGGGGUCUGAGUCAGAGCAACGACUCCUUGCACGACAUCACUCCGGACGACUGGAAGCUCGGUGCUGCAAAUUCCUCGCCAUUCCUGUUUGCCGCGUUGAUCGGCUGCCCGCUGUCCCUGCCCAUCAACUACUGGUUCGGAAGAAGGGGGGGUAUUAGCGUUGCGGCCAUCUUGAUUUUAGGCAGCUCCAUCGGAGCCAUAUUUGUCACUUCCUGGACGCAAAUGUUUGGCGUUCGUGUCGUAAAUGGCAUCGGCAUGGGCAUCAAAGCAGUGAGUACUCCCAUUCUGGCCAGUGAAACCGCGGUGGGAUUCUGGCGUGGAUCUGCAAUUCUCGCUUGGCAGCUCUGGGUUGCUUUCGGCAUCAUGAUGAGCUUCGCCUUCAACUUGAUCUUCACGAGAGCAGCGAGUCCGAUCACCACCUAUCGUCUCAUCCAGGGCUCCCCUUUGGUUCCCGCGUUCGCGCUUAUGAUUAUGGCACUGUUUGUUUGCCCCGAGUCGCCUCGCUAUCACCUGCUGAAGGGCCCUAACUAUAGCGUUGAGAAGGCGUAUAUGGCGUUGAAGCGAGUCCGAAACACAAAGUUGCAAGCGCUGAGGGACCUUUAUCUGGUCUGCAAAUCCAUCGAACAAGAGAACAUGGACUUUGGCGACCUUGACCCGCACGCAAUGAUGUCGCCUGGCUUCUUCUGGGUUAUUCGUGAUUUUGCGAGACAGUUUGCUCAGUUGUUCCAGCGUCGACGCCUGUAUAAUGCCGUGCUCUCGACAUCAACGGUGAACCUUGCACAGCAGCUCUGCGGAGGAAUUGUGUUUCAAAAAGCAGGCGGAGCACAUGGCACCAUCACCAACACCAUGGCGUACAGCCUCGGGUUUGGAGCAAUAAACUUUUUGUUUGCUCUGCCAGCGGUAAAGAGCAUCGACACCUUGGGCCGAAGGAGAUGGUUGCUCCUGACAAUCCCCUUCAUGGCGGCGUUCAUGCUGGGGGCAGGCCUCUCUGACUAUGUCAAAGAUGACACCACUCGCAACGGAGUGACAGCCUGUUUUCUUUUCCUCUUUGCCAUGGCAUACUCACCCGGGCUUGGGCCGAUACCUUUCACGUUGGCCUCUGAGAGCUUCCCUUUGACACAUCGAGAAGCGGGUACAGCAUGGGCCAUUUCCAUUAACCUCUUUUUUGCCGGGUUGCUGGCUGUCUUCUUCCCCGGCAUCAAUUCUGUCCUCGGCCAAAAAGGGUCCAUGGGGAUCUUUGCUGGGCUCAACGUCGUAGCCUUUGUCAUGGUUUUCCUUUUUGUUGAGGAGACGAAGCAACGCAGCCUGGAAGAGCUGGACCACAUCUUUGCCGUCUCGAAGCGAGAUUUUAUGCGUUUCAAGCUUACGAGGUACCUGCCCUGGGUAGUCGGGAAAUAUGUUUUCCGGAUGGAACGGGACGAGCCAAGGCUUUACAAAGACUUGGUCUGGGGCACUCGAGCAGUCGACUUGAAGCCAAGAGGUGGUGAAGCCUUGGAAGAAGACCGGGUCGAGCUACAGCCAAGACGCCCAAAUGUCUACCAGCCGCCCAUGUAUUCGGAUACGACCAGGCCAGAUAUUGCCGAGAUGGAAGAAAUUUACCCUCCUGGAGUGGCUGUGCCCUGUGCAAAGCAGUAA